CCGCCUUUUAACGGUCUGAGUCUAUCCAGCCCACACAAACCCUCAGUUCAUGAAACCAUAAGCUGUCAACACGAUACUAUCAAUCAUAGAAAUUCCUGGGAAAGCAAGACCAUGGGUUCUCGACGACGUCAUGUCCUCCUCACCGAUUCCGAAUCGGAGUUCUCCGAGUCGGAUAUCUCGAUGAUGGAGUAUCCCGGCCGCAAAGUGAGCCAUCGUCACCGCUCCGUCUCGCGGCACCGGCAUUUCAGCCCGGAAUACAGCAGCAGCAAUGCCUACCUCAGUCCCGUGCUGCACAGCGAUGCGCAGCAGCACCUGCACCGCUCGGCCUCGACGGGCGCCCGCCGCCGCUCCGACCGCGACCGCCACCACCGCGAUCACAGCCAGCACCCGGUGGCCGUUAUCGUCGACGUCAACAACCACAACGACACCAAGUCCGACAACAAAACGGACACCAAGACUGACGCCAAGACCGACUCCCGCAACAAGAGCGCCACCAAGCAACGCAAGGCCGAGCACCGCCUCCAAAACAACUACAACAUGGACUAUGACGAGUCCGAGGAUGAGACCAACCUCCGCAGCCACCGCCGCCGCCCGCGCUCCAGCACCGCCAGCAUCUCCCGCGAGGCCUCCCCGCGCGCCGGCCCCGCCCCGCAGAUGAUGCCCGGUCGCGACCGCGACUUCGAGCUCGUCAUCGAUCAGCGUCUGCUGGAGCGGAACGAUGCCCGUCAGGACAUGGAGCUGUUUCGUCAGCAACAGGAGAUCGAGCGGCUGGAGCGCGAGUUGGCGCGCCACCGCGAAAUCCGCCAGCACCAGCAGGAGUAUCGACCGCACCAGGAGGUGCGCAUGCUCAAGGAGGAGGAGGACUGGUACGAGGACGAGAUCAGUGAGCGGCUGCGGCGUCUGGAGCGAUUCGAGAAGAAGCAGCGUAUGGAAGAGGAGCAGCGCGAGGUUGAGCAUCGCUAUAAACUGAUCAAGUUCGAAGAGGCCCAGCGGCAGGCCGCCGAGCAGGAGGAGCUCAACCGCAAAAUGCGCCAGAAGCGACUCGAGGACUUGCAGCGCAAGAUCGACGAGGAGGAGGAGCGCGAGCGCAUCAAGAAAGAGAUCAAGGAUGAGGAGGCCCGGCGGAUCCUCGCCGAGCAGGAGCGGGCGCGCAAAGAGGCCGCCAUGAAGCAGGCUGCCAUCGAGGAAUGGAAGCUGGCCGAGGAACGCCGGAUGAUGGCGGAGCGCGAGGAGAAGAGGCGCCGUGAUCACGAUUUCAAUGAGCGGUUGCGACUCGAGUUCGGCCACGAUGAGCGCGAGCUCGAGGAGAUGCUCAGGAAGAAGGACAAGAAAGAGAAGAAGGAAGAAAAGGAGGAGAAGAAAGAGGAGGAGAAAAAGGAGAAAAAAGAGGAGAAGAAGGAGAAGGAAAAACUCCCGGAGCCUGAACCACCGCACCACCAGCGGGCCACCUGGAUCAAGGUUCACCGCAAACACCUUCUUCCUGACACCCUGAUUGCCUAUCGUCUGCCAUGGGACUGGGACGACGUAUGUCAACCCCUGCUUUUCCCCCAGCUCACAAUCAAGAAGUACCGACUAACCCCAACCCACAGCUCGACAGCAACUACAUUAUCAUCAAGCAGUGGAUCUCUGAGGACUUCCAGGAAGAGCUCUUUGCCCACACGCGGCGGUUGCGCGAAGGCAAGCUUGUGACCCAAACAUCCAGCACGCUGACCGAGCUCAAGGUCAACGACAGAAAGAAGAGUGACAAGAUGUACCUUGUCCGGAAAAAGAACCCGGGCGGCCGGGCCUGGAUUCUCACUUGAUUCGAGCCAGGCCCCAACCGUCCUGAUAUAGAAGAACAUGCCACCUUGAAUUUAUGAUACCACGACACGACCUGCCUGCUUGACGUCCUUACGAGAUUUGGUAUCACCGGCCCUUCUCCUUAUAUUCUCGUGUUAUUUCUUGUUUCCUAUCAAUCGUUUCGAGAAAUCUCAUUAUCAAGUUUGUGACAGAUGAGAGUUUUUGAUGAUUUUUUCCAUUUACCAUAUCAUGAGUUGGGAUUCUGAAUGCUUUUUUUGUUGUCAUGCCAAAGGAGUUGUUAACAUAUGAUACAUUUGCAUUUCCGACGCAGCCAGGAGAAACAAUUCACCGAACAGCCUUU